CAUAUCCUUGUCAAGAAGAGACAUAAUGAUAAAGUUGUCAAAGAAAAGAUGGCUAAGACCUUCGCAUACAGAAGGCAAGAGGUCGUCAGAGACAAGCCCAUGAUCAUGGAGUUCAAGAUCAGAUGGCCAGGACUCUUCACUGUCGCAGAGGUGGAAGCAGAAUUUGUGAGGAUCACUACUGGUCCCCUUGUCUCAAAGUUCCAUGCACAGCUUGACCAACACACUGCCCAGCUCAUCAAAGUGUUCAAGAAGAAAGGAGGCUCUGCAGGGACUACCAUCAGAAGGAUUUUGGUCCCAAUCACACGGAAUGAAACUGUUGAAAAGAGGAGGGAGUGCAUCCUCAGGGCGCUUUGUAUCUACCUCAACGAAGACCCGAACAUCCUCUUCAAAGAAUACCUGGAUACUGCUGGCACCGCUGCACAGAGGGAGCUUGAGCAACUUACCCUUGGCAUCUACAUCAUCAAAGUCGAGGGAGGUGAUGCCACCACUCCUCCAGCUGAUGUUGGAAUAGUGAUCGAGGGUGUUGAAGUUCUUCAUGACCUGGGAGACGUCACCUCUGCAUGUGCACUCUUAAUGGGUGUAAUAUAUGCACUGAGCCUCAGUUAUCCUAAGGAACUGAAGACCUUCUUUGAAGGACUUCAAAAGCUCUUCCUUCAGCUGGAUGCUGGCAGACUCUCAGCCAAGGUACAAAUGCUCAAGAACAAACUAUGA